UGGGACACAUCGUGGAUGUCUUCUAGAAACGAAAUUUGUCUCACCUACUGCAACACUCACACUCUCAUAUUUUGAUAAUGAAUGCUUCAUUGAUACCAGGAUUAUUAGAUUGGAUGCUAUCACUCUGAUCUCAAAUGGCGUACCAUAUUUGGUGCUUGUUUGUUCUUCUUUUCCUUGGUAAUGGCUCCCGCUCUACCAUAUCUAGAGCCACGAUUUCUUUUCAACCAAGUCAGACCCUACCCGUCAAAGGAGAAGAUUUUACGAUGACGUGCAUCUAUUCGCCUCCUACGUAUGAUCGUACGGUACAUUGGACACACGGUGGCAGCCAUAUUGCUUAUGAAUCGUGCACUUCUGCGGGUAGCUGUACAUCUAACAUUCCCAAUCUUAUAAAAUACAAGUUAAUGGCAGAUGACCGCAGCACAUCGCUUACAAUAAUCAAUUUGACUACUGGUGACAAUGGGAGAUACACAUGCGAUGUACUGUACCUACAUGGACAACGUUCAGCGAAUGAAAUACUGGAAGUACUAUAUCCAGUGUCACCAUCAAGGGUCGUCAUGACUGAUACGCAAUCGGGCUGGCAAUACUUGGAUAACACCAGUAUAAGUGUAACUGCUGGAGAGCCGUUUGGUAUCACAUGUGAAGCAUAUCAGGCAAGGCCUCCUGUGGUACUGCAAUGGGUAACAACUAAGGGCGUGUCAGCUGUUCAUCACGAUCAGUCGGAUGUCAUCCAAGAUGGAUCUUACAUCUCUCGAAGAACUUUGAUAAUCACACCCUCCAGGAACGAUUACGGACAAAUUCUUAGCUGCAUUAUAUCACACCCAGAACUACAGAAAAAUAUUAGACGCUCAGUUAGUCUGAAUGUUCAUGUUCUUCCUUCCAGUGUGCUGCUCUUUCUAACUGGAGGUAACCAGUCUCAAUCAACAGUCCUAUACGUUCAAGAAGAUUCACCGACUUCAAUCACUUGUAAAAGUAUUGGGUCAUUUCCAGCAACUGAACUAUCAUUUUGGCUUAUAGUUGAUGCCUUUGAGAGGACUCCGAUCCUUGCAAAUGUCUCGAGUAAUAGGAGUAUUUUAGACGACACUUUGUUUGACACUGAAAGUACCAUUACCAUAAGACCAGAUGCCACGAAACAUGGAAUGCACAUUGUAUGUUCCUCGUAUAUGGACGAUGCCUUCUUUGUUAAAUUACUGACAGCAAGACUAGUUGUUUACGGGCUACCGGUCGAUGUCACAAUAUCUAUCCCAGGUGACAUGUUUGAAGGUGCAGAGACCAACAUAACCUGUAGAGCUCUUAAUGGAUAUGCUGCUCCUCUCAUCCAUUGGUACAUCGGAUCAAGAAACCUGACAGAUAAUUCAUCGCUGGAGACUUCAUUGAAUGCAGCUGGUCGAUAUGAUGCUGAAAGCACUCUGACUCUGAUACCGAUGAUGUUUGACCAAGAGGGGCGAUGUCAUUAAUGAAACAAUAAUUUUUGGCGGAUUAUUCAGAUAUUGCAAUAAUAAGAAAACGGGUAAAUGAAAUUAUAAUCGUCAAAGAAAUGUGGAUGGAUGACAUCAGUUCAAUUCAACAAUGCCCCAUCGCUAUGUUUAAACACGCUUUAUCAUGUCCACACGCAUAUUUUGUUCAAAGAAGGUCGGGAGUAAGGGAGCAAAGCGACCAAGCUUGUCAUGGAGACAUUUUUUGGCAUUUCGCGCACACUUUUCGUAAAUGUUGUGAAAAUUGGAGUCAGUAAAAAUGUGUCA